AUGAAUUGUUAUUCGAUCCUGGAGAAAAUCCCUCCAAUUACUAUUGGUGCAGGACCAUCUGAUGAUCUAUGGUCUGAAAGAUUAAAAGAAGAAUUGAAAGCACUCAUAGGAUAUACAAGCUUAUUGAAAAAUUCAGGUGAAGAGUGGUUUAAUAUAAAACCACUUCAAAAUGGAACAAGAUGGGAAGGAAUUUGCUGGUACACCCACAACUUAAAAAAAUACGAAUUUAAAUUUCACUUCAAUAUACCUGAAAAGUAUCCAAUAACCCCGUUUGAAGUAGAGAUUCCAGAAUUGGAUGGGAAGACUUUGAAGAUGUACAAAGGUGGGAAAAUUUGUCUGGAUAGUCACUUUAUCCCACUUUGGUCAAGAAAUUACCCAAAAUUUGGUAUUGUACAUGUUCUUGCUUCUGGCCUGGCACCAUGGUUAGCUGCAGAAGUGCCAUUUUUAGUAUCAACAUGUAAAAUUUAG